UGGUCACCUGAAAGGAAAUAUCAGAGUCAUCUGGGGAAGACGGUGGAAGUGUCCGCACAUCCCCAUUCCGAGCUGACACAUUUCACUGGGACGGGAGCGCUGGAUGUGAAAGCAGCGGGCAGCAGCUCCCUGCCAGGACCCAUCGAUCUGGAUACUACCAGAUGUUGAUCGGCGCUCUGAUCCACUGACCCCCGCGUCCCCUCGCCGCACCAUGUGGUUCGCGUCCACGGCUUAGGAUCCCACGCCAGGUCGUUAGAAGUUAACGGUGUGCAGAAUGUUCCAGCUCCCCGUCAACAACCUGGGCAGUCUGCGGAAAGCAAGGAAGAAUGUCAAGAGGGUCUUAGGAGACAUCGGCUUGGAGUUCUGCAGGGACCACCUCGAGGACUAUAAAGACUUUAUUCCUCCAGAGGUGUACAUAAAGCACACUAACUGGGAGGAUGUGUGCAUGUGGGAACCGUCGCAUACCAAACUGCAGGACUACAGAUCGAAGCCCUUCUGUUGCACUGGCUGCCUCUUUUCCUCCAAGUACUUCUCCGCGUACAAGAGCCAUUUCCGCAACGUCCACAGCGAGGACUUUGAGAACAACAUUCUUCUCAACUGCCCCUACUGCACUUACAAUGGCAACAAAAAGACUCUGGAAACGCACAUCAAACUGUUCCACAUGCCCAACAGCACCGUGCGGCAGGGCCCCGGAGGAAUGGUGGCGGGAGCCGGCGGGCUCCUGAUGAAGGACGGGGUCCUGAAAAGGGCCGGGGACAGCAUGGAACAGGCGGUGUACUACUGCAAGAAGUGCACCUACAGGGACCCUUUAUACAAUGUGGUGCGGAAGCACAUCUACCGGGAACACUUCCAGCAAGUAGCCCAGCCCUAUAUUGUGAAACCGGGGGUGAAGACUCAGAACGGGGGAGCCACAGAGAGCAAUAACACAAACAAUGUCAACAGUAACCAGAUCCACUGCAAGAAGUGUCUGUUUGUCCCGAGGACCUACGAGGCGCUGGUCCAACACGUCAUAGAGGACCACGAGAGGAUCGGCUACCAGGUGACUGCCAUGAUUGGUCACACCAGCGUGAUCGUCCCGCGUCCCAAACCCGUUAUCAUGAUCCCCCCCAAGACCCAGGGGGACAAGACCAUCAUCGGGAUGGGCCCGAAAGGCGCGGUGAUGGCCACCACCAGGUCUCCCGGCUCGCAGCAGCUGGGUCGGGUCAUCGUCUCCUCAAAGACGGGCUUCAACGCGCAAAGUUUUCUAUCCGGGAUGAAACACGACGGGAUCCGGUUAAAGGCCGGCACCACCCAGUCGUUCUCCAUCGGCGGGCAGCAGGUGAGGGUGACCUUGCCAGGGAACGCCCAGGUUUCGGUGCCCCAGCAGUCUCACGCGGCCAAGCAGCUCAUCUCGGCCGGCGGCCUGCGGAGUCCGGUGUCGGUCAACGUCUCCUCUUCGCUCAAGUCCAACGCCCUGGGCUCCCGCGUCCAGGCAGCCGCGACCACGGUCGCCUCAGUCACGGCCAAAAAGGGGGGCUCGUCGAUCCUCGGCACGUCCUACACCCAGAAGUGGAAGAUCUGCACCAUCUGCAACGAGCUCUUCCCAGAGAACGUCUACAGCGCCCACUUUGAGAAGGAGCAUAAAGCGGAGAAGGUGCCCGCGGUCGCCAACUACAUCAUGAAGAUCCACAACUUCACCAGCAAGUGUCUCUACUGCAACCGCUAUCUCCCCAGCGACACGCUGCUCAACCACAUGCUGAUCCACGGCCUGUCCUGCCCCCACUGCCGGGCCACCUUCAAUGACGUCGAGAAGAUGGUGGCCCACAUGCGGCUGUCGCACCCGGACGAGAGCGUCGGCCCGCGCACAGAUUCCCCCCUGACCUUCGACCUCACUCUGCAGCAGGGCAACCCCAAAAACGUUCAGUUGAUCGUCACGACGUACAACAUGAGAGACGCGCCGGAGGAGUCGGUGGCGUUUCACGCUCAGAACAACACCUCAGCAUCGGCAGCAUUGGCUGCCUCCCUAAUAUCAGGCAAGAGGCUGGUGCCGCCACAUCUGACCAAAGCGCCUUCGGGGGCUGCCGACUGUGCGCCGGCCAAGAGUGCCCCACAGGCGUCGGUGCCCUACAAGAAGGACGUGGGCAAGACGCUGUGUCCUCUUUGCUUCUCUAUCCUCAAGGGCCCAAUCUCCGACUCACUGGCCCACCACCUGAGAGAGAGGCACCAGGUGAUCCAGACAGUCCACCCCGUGGAAAAGAAACUGACCUACAAGUGUAUUCACUGCUUAGGGGUUUACACAAGCAAUAUGACGGCCUCCACCAUAACGUUGCACCUGGUGCACUGUCGAGGUGUGGGGAAGUCCCAAAACGGCCAGGAGAGCCGGGCCACUCAUUCUUCUCGGAUCAUCCCGGCCCAGAGCAGCGCUCUCAAAAGGCCCAGCUUCGAUAGCUCGGACACUAGUGCGCCGAAACGCAGGAGGCCGCCCGGAGAACGGGCCCAACCGCGCGACGUUAACAACGGUCCGUCUGCGUUUGUAGAAAAUCCAGACGAGCCCGUUGUUCUGGCUCUCGACCCCAAAGGACAAGAGAACGAGUCGUACGAGUCCAGGAAGGCUUUUCUAACGCAGUAUUUCAAUCAGGCGCCGUAUCCCAGUAGGCGGGAGGUGGAGAAGCUGGCCGCCAGUCUGUGGCUGUGGAAGUCUGACAUCUCCAGCCACUUUGGCAACAAGAGGAGGAAAUGCAUGCAAGACUGUGAGACUCAGAACGCCAGCGUGCUGCUCGGCUUCAGCAUGCACGAGCUGAGCAAAGUCAGUCACGAGCUGGCAUUCGUCCAGGAUGGCGCAUACGAGGGCGGGCAGAACAAGAGGCGGACAUCCAGAACGCGCCUAGGGCUGUCGGAGCAGGCGCUCCGGAAACACAGGGAGCUCGUGGCGGCCAACGGUGGCGCGGCGCUGCCACAGAGGGGAAAGCCGCCGGGGACUUUAGUCAGUUGUAAAGCGCCGCCAUCCGCCCCCAAACCCAACAGUGCCAGCCGAGACCAAAGCAAGACAAUCAACAGCACCUUACCACAGAAAAUACCUCUAGAUCUUUCAGAGCCCAUCGCCAUUGACUCUGACAGUGAUGAGAAUGAGCAGCAGAAGGAUAACGAGGAGCUAGAGGGAGAGUUACAUCUCCAUGGCAACCAACUGCUUACUGGAGCUGAGGGUGGCAUGGAGCCGGGGACGGAGGCUAAGAACGUUUCAAAUCUAGAGGAUACGUCGGACGAUGAUACUGACGACGACGAUGAUGAUGAUGACGAUGAUGACGACGACGACGAGGAAGACGACGAGGAAGACAACGAUGAUGAUGAAGACGAGGAAGAGGCACAUGUAGAAAAUGGCUUUGCGCCCUCAGGAGACGCUGAAAGGCCGGCUGCUAAAAAAAGAGACCCUCAUCCCAUCAUUAUUCCCAAAUUUGUACCGUCAUCUGCAAGAAGCAGAAGAGAAGGGGCCCAGCUGGGCAAGCAGCAGGUGUGACUGAUGCACCCCCCCCCCCACCCCCCCACCCCCUCCAAAGGACAGUCAGAUAGGCACUUGAGACAUUUGAACAGAGACAAGGAGAGAACUCCAAACAAGCCAUCCAGUGACUUUUAAAGGCGGGAAUAACGAGCAGCUAGGGUCGAUGUAAAGAUUUGUGACCUUCUGGUCCCACGUGGGAAGGGACAAAGAAAACGGAGAAGUCACACCAAACAAAUAGACUUUUUCUUCUUUCUUUACCCUCUGUAUACUUUAUUACAUUGAGAUAGCAACUUAUUGAUGUUGAUUUCGCCACUGAACUUGUAAAUGUGGCUUAAAAUAUUGAGUUGUCGUGUGGUAAAGCUUUUUAAACUGACCAGAGGAUCCACCUUUUUUUCCAUGUAGUUAUAUCCGAGAUGGGUAGUGUAAAUUUGUACAGUCUUUUAGACAUGUUUGGACAGACGUUGCAGUUCACGUACCCUUAAAUAUUUGCUAUUACCUGUAUGUAAGGUAGCCUCCUAUGUUCUACAUCGGUAUGCUUAACAAUAGUUGUCGCUUUGGUGGCUGGUAUUUUCUUGUACGUUUAAGUUUUAUUUUUUAACGAAUACCUAGUUUUUUUGCAAAAUAAUAUAUCUAUAUAUAUAUAAAUGAAAUAACAAUUGAUUUGUUUUUGCUUCAAACCGGAUUAGAUUUUAUUUUUGUAAUUAGUUUUUCUUAAAACAAUACAAUAGCGCGGCUGCGCUGUUCUUUUUUUGAGUUUUAAAGGAGCAUUUGCACCCUCGUGCUCAUCACUCUCUACUCUACUUGCUUUCUGUUGUCACUGUUUUAAACUGACGUUUCUAUGCCCUCACAAGACUGGACUGGAACCACCUUACAGACAAGUUGUGUUCUUUUUUAGAAAAAAAAAAAGAGUUCAAUUUGUCUUCUUUGAAUUGUGUGUAUUGGUUUUCAUUUUCCACCUAAGCAUUUAAUGAACAAUAAAGUGCUGUAAUUGUGCUUCACACGGA